AUGUUCACCAAGACCCAGAUUCUCGCUUUCGCUCUUUCCCUUGCCUCCGCCGAGGCCGCCUCCAAGGGUUUCAACUAUGGCGCUGCUAACCCCGAUGGCAGCGUCAAGGUCCAGGCCGACUUCCAGGCCGAGUUCCAGACUGCGAAGAACCUGGAGGGUGCCUCUGGCUUCAACAGUGCCCGUCUCUACACCAUGAUCCAGGGCACCGGCAGCACCCCGAUCUCCGCCAUCCCCGCCGCCAUCGCCGAAGAGACGACCCUCCUGCUCGGUCUCUGGGCCUCUGGUGGCAACAUGGACAACGAAAUCGCCGCUCUCAAGGCCGCCAUCGAGCAGUACGGCGAGGAGUUCUCCAAGCUCGUCGUCGGUAUCUCCGUCGGCAGCGAGGAUCUCUACCGCAACUCUGAGAUCGGUGUCCAGGCCAACGCCGGUAUCGGUGUCGAGCCCGAGGAGCUCGUUUCCUACAUCAAGCGCGUCCGCGAGACCAUCGCCGGUACCAGCCUAAGCGACGCCCCCAUCGGCCACGUCGACACCUGGAACUCCUGGACCAACAGCUCCAACGCCGCCGUUGUCGAGAACGUCGACUGGCUCGGAUUCGACGGAUACCCCUUCUUCCAGAACACCAUGGACAACUCCAUUGAGGACGCCAAGGCUCUCUUCCAGGAGUCUGUUGACAAGACCAAGUCCGUCGCCGGCAACAAGGAGGUCUGGAUCACCGAGACCGGUUGGCCCGUCAGCGGUGACUCUCAGAACCUCGCCGUCGCUUCCGUCGAGAACGCGAAGAAGUUCUGGGACGAAGUCGGCUGCCCUCUCUUCGACAACGUCAACACCUGGUGGUACAUCCUCCAGGACGCCUCCGGCUCCUCCACCCCCAACCCCAGCUUCGGCAUCGUCGGCAACACCCUCAGCACCACCCCUCUCUUCGACCUGACCUGCUCCGCUUCCGGCUCCAAGAGCUCCUCCUCCGCUUCUGCCUCCGCCUUCGCCUCCGGUUCCCAGUCCACCGGCUUCACCUCCACCACCAAGGCUGCCAGCCCCAGCUCCAGCUCCGGCUCUGGCCUCGGCCACGGCGGCUCCCUCGGGUCCUCCGGUUCCUUCUCUGGCGGCCACUACGCCGGCUCUUCCAGCGUGAUCGCUUCUCCUUCCGCCACUCCCUCCGGCAGCGCUGUCCCCGGCUCCAGCUCUGGUUCCGGCUCUAGCUCUUCUGGCUCUGGUUCCAGCUCUGGUUCCGGCUCUGGCGCUGCUGGCUCUGGCUCUGGCACCGGCACCUCCGCUGACUCCACCACCACCACCUCUGCCAACCCCGCUGACUUCACCGGUACUGGGAGCCGCCUGUCCGGCUCCAUCUUCGGCGCCGCCGUUCUCGUCGCUGCCCUCGCGGUCGCUCUCUAG